AUGGGUCGACCAGGACAAAGUGAUGAAGACCUCUCCCAUCAGAUCAUCAACCGUUACGUGGAGUGGGGAGGCAACUUCCUGGACACGGCAGAUGUCUAUGGACGUGGCAACUCUGAAACUAUCAUUGGCAAGUGGCUGGAAACGCAACCUAGAGACAAGUAUGUGAUUGCCACCAAAUGUCGAGUCAAUAUGGGCACCGAAGAGAAUAUCAACAACGUGGGGCUGAGUCGACGUCACAUUACAGAGAGUAUCGAUAGAAGCCUCAAGAGACUACACACAGACUUUGUGGAUCUCUACCAGACCCACGUAUUUGAUGAUGGAACCCCUAUUGAGGAAACCCUGAGAACACUGGAUGACCUAGUCCGUGCUGGUAAAAUUCGCUACAUCGGGGUCAGCAAUGUCACUGGUUGGCAGCUGUGUAAACUUGUAGAGACAACCAAACACCUGGGACUCAACUCAAUUAUCAGUCUACAGCAACAAUACAACCUGGUCAGUCGGGACUCGGAACUGGAACCCUUCCAGGUGUGCAAGGCUGAGGGGCUCGGAGUCCUUCCCUGGAGUCCACUCAAAGGAGGCUUCCUGACAGGGAAAGUCAAACGAGGACAGAAACCCACAGAAGGGAGGCUUGGUUGGGUGGCAGAAAACGAGACCAAGGCCAUGCAGUCAGCUCCUUCGUGGAAAUGGUUUGACGAGAAAUCUUUUGAUGUGCUUGAAGCAGUUGAAGCUAUUGCUCAGAAACACUCCAAGACUGUCCCUCAGGUAGCCAUUCGUUGGCUUCUACAGAAGGACGUUGUCUCGUCAGUUAUCAUAGGGGCCAGAAAUCUUGCCCAACUGGAUGACAACAUGGGAGUUAACGGAUGGAGCUUGACCCAAGAGGAGAUGAGACUCCUGGAUGACAUUUCUGCUCCUCCGAGACCCUACCCCUACAGCUUAGUGUUCUUUGCGAAUGCAGAUCGCGUGAACCCAGCGGCCAAUAAUUACUAUGUCAAAUCAAUCAGCAACUGA